AUCCGACAGCACAUUGACUUGCCCCCGUUCUCAGCCCCGUCUGCUGUAGGCCACGCGCGCGCCCAACCCCGCUCAUAGUCCAGUCGUUUCAUGAUUUCUGCUAACUUGUAGACGUCGCUCAACUCGUUUUGAGUGCAGAUUGCUUCUUGCUUCUGUAACGAUUCCCCUGGUUUCACCAUGGACACCCCGAAGGAGGCAAAUGUCUUGGAAGUGGAGGCUCAGCCGAAUGACGACGCGCCACAAAGCCCGGGCUCAUCCAAGAAAGGACUCAAAUUCUGGCUGAUCAUCCUCUCGCUAUGUCUCUCGAUCUUCCUUUCCGCUCUUGAACUCACUGCCGUAUCGACCGCGCUACCGGUGAUCAUCCAUGACCUCCAAGGCGGCGAUUUCGUCUGGGUCGGGACUGCGUAUUCGCUGGCGUCCACAGCGUUUCUGCCCCUGAGCGGUGGCGUAGCUGAGAUAUUCGGACGUCGCAUCGCGAUGUUCUUCUCCUUGUCAACGUUCAUCCUGGGCAGUGCGUUGUGUGGCGCAGCGCAGAACAUGAACUGGCUCAUAGCCGCACGUGCUGUGCAGGGGUUGGGCGGCGGGGGAAUUCUGUCUGUUGUUUCGAUCAUCAUGGCUGAUCUCGUUCCACUCAAGGAACGUGGAUUGUACAACGGCCUUACCGGAAUGACUUGGGCUGUCUCCUCGGCUAUUGGUCCGCUUGUCGGAGGAGCUUUGGCGACCCGGGGACAGUGGAGAUGGCUCUUCUACCUCAAUCUUCCCAUCUGCGGUGCUGCACUUGUUAUGGUGACCGCAUUCUUGAAGCUCCCUACUCCCCCAGGAAAUCUUGCAAGCAAGCUCGGGCGCAUGGACUGGUUUGGGAACCUCCUGAUCAUUGCUUCGACGACUUCCAUCGUGGUCGGACUCACCUGGGGAGGAGUCCAGUUUGCGUGGAGCUCUGCGCAUGUUUUGGCACCGCUGAUAGUGGGACUGUGCGGUAUAGUAUUCUUCUUCAUAUAUGAGGCGUACUGGGCACGCAAUCCAAUCGUCCCUAUGUCCCUACUCCAGAACCGGACAAGCGUCAGCGGGUACAUUCAAACCUUCAUCAACCCUAUCGUCGUGCUCGCGGUUGCCUACUAUCUUCCGGUGUACUACCAGGCGUGCAAGGAUGCUACGCCUCUUAGGUCGGCUGUCGACAUGCUCGGGCUCUCGCUCUCUAUGGGCCCGAUCAUCAUUAUCUCAAGUAUAUCUGUGACGGUCCUUCGGGUGUAUCGUACCCAGCAUUGGAUUGGAUGGGCGAUCUUCAUGGUAGGGAUGGGCAUAUUCACGACGCUUGACGCCGAUGCGCCUCUCGCGCACGCGAUUGGCCUGCCACUCCUCCUCGGUGCUGGCGCCGGCAUCAUCUACGCCGUUACCUACUUCCCGGUGCUCUCGCCCCUGCCCGUGUCCGAGAACGCGCACGCGCUCGCCUUCUUCGCCUUCUGUCGCUCUUUUGCCGGGAUCUGGGGAAUCGCAAUUGGCGCCUCCGUCUUGCAGAACGAGCUCUCCCGGCGGCUUCCCCCCGCCCUUCUCGCAGAGCUCGGAACAGGCGUCGACCUCUCCUACGCCUCCAUCCCACAGAUACCGACGCUAGCACAGCCGCUGAAGGACGAGGUGCGCCACGCGUUCGGGGACAGCCUCGUCGUGGUGUGGCAAGUCAUGCUUGGCAUCCUUGGGAUAGGAUUCGUGGCGUCGCUGCUGAUGCGCGACGUGCCUAUGCACGGGGCACUGGAUGACAAGUGGGCUCUGGAGCUCGAAGCGGAUCGACAGAGCGGUGCAGGUGAAAUUCAAGACGAGUUGAAAUAAAGCUUUGUACAUAUGUCUGCAGGUUCGCGGUGUUGGACGGUUGGGACUCCGACGUGGUCGCUUGUAUCUAUUCGUUGAUUGUGCUCGCUGCAGGUAGUUCGUAGCGUACACGGGCUUUUUCUCAAAAUAUUCCUACCACGGCGGUAAGUUCAAGGGCAACCGACACUGAGCAGCAUCCCUCUAGCGCCC